AUGGGGCUCGGACAGUCCAGCAAGGCUCCCGUCACCGAUGACUCCGACGAGGUCAAUUUCGACCACUUCCAGAUCCUGAGAGCUAUCGGAAAAGGAAGCUUUGGAAAGGUGUGCAUUGUGCAGAAGAAAGACACUAAGAAAAUGUAUGCCAUGAAGUACAUGAACAAGCUGAAGUGUGUGGAGCGGAACGAAGUGAGGAAUGUCUUCAAAGAGCUGCAGAUCAUGCAAAACCUUGAGCAUCCCUUCCUUGUCAACUUCUGGUAUUCUUUCCAGGAUGAGGAAGACAUGUUCAUGGUAGUGGACCUGCUGCUAGGAGGAGACCUGCGCUACCACCUCCAGCAAAACGUCCACUUCUCAGAAAGCACCAUCAGGCUCUACAUCUGUGAGCUGUCCCUGGCCCUCGGCUAUCUCCGCAGUAAACGCAUCAUACAUAGAGACAUCAAACCUGACAACAUACUACUGGAUGAGCACGGACAUGUCCACCUAACAGACUUCAAUAUCGCUGCCAUUGUAAAAGAGGACCUGAGAGCCACCUCUAUUGCAGGGACCAAGCCCUAUAUGGCACCGGAGCUGUUCCAGCCCUUUGAGGGGUCCCACCCUGGAUACUCCUUCUCUGUGGACUGGUGGUCACUGGGUAUCACAGCCUACGAGCUGCUGAGAGGACAGAGGCCGUAUGUGAUGAGGUCCAGUACCCCGGCCAAUGAAAUCCUUCAGACCUUCCACAAGGUGCACCCCAGCUACCCUGCAGCCUGGUCUCUGGAAAUCAAGUCUCUCCUUAGAAAGCUGCUGUGUAUAGAUGCCCAGAAGCGUAUCUCGUGCCUCGCAGAGCUACAGGAUCUGGACUACGUGUCAAAUGUCAACUGGGAUGCAGUGCUCAGCAAACAGCUACCUCCAGGCUUUAUUCCCAAUAAGCGAAGACUUAACUGUGACCCUACAUUUGAGCUGGAGGAGAUGAUCCUGGAGUCCAAACCACUUCACAAGAAGAAGAAGAGGCUGGCCAGGAAGUCCAGAGACCAGGGAUCUGAUGGGUCCCCACAAAACGGUCAGUUACAACAGCGUUUGGACACCGUUCAGAGAGAUUUUAUUGUCUUCAACAGAGAAAAGUCGAGGAAAGCGAGAGGCGACUCAGAGUCAUCUGACCACUCCAUGACGGAGAAAAACAAGGCCAUAGAGGAUGGACAGAACAACAAUGUGGAGCCAGCUGCCUAUAUAUCCGGAUAG